AUGUUAUCACUGAUAGCUUACUGUAUUACUGAUGAAUUAAUACCUAAAAUGAAAAACCUUUUCAUAAAUGCAGGUUUGUUUGGAGUUGACCUGUGUAAAGUAUCAAAAGAAAAGAUACCAGAGGCAAUUGGAGUAUUGUCAGGAUGUGUUUUUUUAGUGACUAUAUUUUUAUUUAUUCCAAUUGUGUUUGGAAAUGGACUUAUGGACAGGGGAAAAUUUCCUCAUAACGAGUUUGCAGAGUUGCUGGCAGCUUUACUGUCAAUAUGUUGCAUGUUACUUCUGGGAUUUGCAGAUGAUGUAUUAAAUCUAAAAUGGAGAUACAAGUUAUUGCUUCCAACCAUAGCAUCACUACCUUUACUUGUUGUUUAUUAUGUAAAUUUCAAUUCAACUACAUUUAUUGUACCAAUACCAUUAAGACAGUUUUUUGGAGCUUCUAUUAAUAUUGGAUUCCUAUAUUAUAUUUAUAUGGGAAUGUUGGCAGUUUUCUGUACCAAUGCCAUAAACAUUUUGGCUGGUAUUAAUGGUCUUGAAGUUGGUCAAUCUGUUAUUAUAGCUAUAUCUAUAAUUAUUUUUGAUAUAAUUGAGUUGAGAGGUGAUCAAUUUAAAGCACAUAGUUUUUCAUUACAUAUUAUGAUCCCUUAUUUAACAACUACAUUGGCAUUAUUAAAACACAAUUGGUAUCCAUCUAAAGUCUUUGUUGGAGAUACUUUUUGCUAUGUAUCGGGUAUGACAUUUGCUGUUGUUGCUAUCCUCAGCCAUUUCAGUAAAACUGUAUUGUUAUUUUUCCUACCUCAAAUAAUUAAUUUUAUAUAUUCCAUACCCCAACUCUUCCAUAUCAUACCUUGCCCUAGACACAGGCUGCCAAAAUACAGUGCUGAAACUAAUUUACUUUAUCCCAAAUGUGUUGCAUAUUGUAUUCUAAGUAAUAAAAGACCUAAAAGAAUAAGA